AACCCGGGAACUUUCGGACGGGACUUCGACCACCAGGGGGAGGCGGGAAGGAAGAGACCCACGACGAAGUUGGAGCGCCGGCGGGGAGGAAGACCGCUGCCCUUCCCUCCGCCAGCCUUUUGCAGACAAACCAGCGCGCCUCGCCGCCUCCCUUCCCGCCUUGGACUGCCGGAGCCUCCCCGUGGAUUACCAGCCCCAGCUCCCGUCCUUGUUCGCGUCCCUCCUUUGGGGAGACGCCGUGGCCUCGGCUUGUCAAGCUUGCUCCGCCGUCCUUUGCAAGGAGAGGGGGGGGGCAACGUAGAGGAAAAGGAGCAUUCGGAGGAUGCAGGCGCCCCCACGCCCCAUCCCACUAGUGGGGGUCUCCCCCACUCCCUUUGUUCCUUCCUGCCUUCCUGCCCAGCCCCAAACCUUUGGGCUUCGACAUGCUGGCUGUUGGGAGAAGCGGGACGACGGGAGCAUGAAGCCUUCAGGAUGGGCGCAAACCAUGGCAAGCAGUACGGCAGCAGUGACGGUAAAGGCAGCUCAAGCAUCUCAUCCGACGUGAGUUCAAGUACAGAUCACACGCCAACCAAGACUCAAAAGAAUGCCGCCACCAGUGAAGAUUCCGACCUGAGCAUGCGCACUCUGAGCACUCCCAGUCCUGCAUUAAUAUGUCCACCGAAUUCGCACGGCUUGCAAAAUGGGAAAGAAUCUUCUACAUCUUCCUCUUCGGUCACCGGAGAGACUAUUGCAAUGGUUCACGCGCCUCCUUCCACUUGCCUCACCCACCCUUCCAUUCAUGCUGCCUCUCGGCUUCAAAAAGAACAGGCCAAUAUCCACCGGCUUCCCGACCUUUCGGUGAUCCAGAUAUUUUCUUUUUUGCCCACCAACCAGUUGUGCCGUUGUGCCCGUGUGUGCCGCCGCUGGUAUAACCUCGCUUGGGACCCACGGCUUUGGAGGACUAUUCGCCUGAUAGGGGAGACAAUCAACGUGGACAGAGCUCUGAAGGUUCUGACACGGCGGCUUUGCCAGGACACCCCAAACGUCUGUCUCAUGCUGGAGACGGUAAUUGUUAGUGGCUGCAGGCGGCUCACAGACCGAGGACUUUACACCAUUGCUCAGUGCUGCCCAGAACUGAGGCAAUUAGAAGUCUCUGGUUGCUACAACAUUUCCAAUGAGGCAGUUUUUGAUGUAGUGUCCUUGUGUCCAAACUUGGAACAUUUGGAUGUAUCAGGUUGUUCCAAAGUGACGUGCAUCAGCUUAUCCCGUGAAGUUUCCAUCAAGUUAUCUCCUUUACACGGCAAACAGAUUUCUAUCCGCUACUUGGACAUGAGUGACUGUUUUGUCCUUGAGGAUGAAGGACUGCACACGAUCGCCACCCACUGCACUCAGCUGACACAUCUCUAUUUGCGCCGCUGCAUCCGCAUUACCGAUGAAGGCCUCCGGUACCUGAUGAUUUACUGCGCUUCCAUCAGAGAGUUAAGCGUCAGCGACUGCCGCUUCGUCAGCGACUUCGGCAUGCGCGAGAUCGCAAAGCUGGAGUUCCGCCUGCGCUAUCUCAGCAUCGCCCACUGUGUCCGCAUCACGGACGUCGGCCUCCGAUACAUUACUAAGUACUGCAGCAAGCUGCGUUACCUCAAUGCGCGAGGCUGUGAAGGCAUCACGGACCAUGGAAUAGAGUACCUGGCCAAAAAUUGCACAAAACUCAAGUCAUUGGACAUUGGGAAAUGCCCUCUGGUGUCUGACAUUGGCUUGGAGUUUCUGGCUCUGAACUGCUUCAACUUGAAGCGGCUGAGCCUGAAGUCUUGCGAAAGUAUCACCGGACAAGGCCUGCAGAUUGUAGCGGCCAAUUGCUUUGACCUGCAAAUGCUGAACGUUCAGGACUGUGAGAUUUCAGUGGAAGCUUUGCGGUUCGUUAAGCGCCAUUGUAAGCGCUGCAUUAUAGAGCAUACUAACCCUGCCUUUUUUUGAAGCAAGAUUCAUACUUGUUGCUGAAACAAAAGAUUACAAUUGUUUGUAUGUACAUAUGCACAGUUUGUCCGCAUAUGCAAUUAGCAAUAGCAAUAGCAGUUAGACUUAUAUACCGCUUCAUA